CGGCCAUGUCGUGGUAACACCUCUAGUGGGAGAACGAACGACAACACCGUUGCAGAGUUUUGAAAACGAACGUGAAGGAACGAACGGGAGACUGCUGUGCACAUUCGGAGGAACAUUUCAGAGCGAACCUCAUAGUAUUGGCAACCCAGAGCUCCACAACAUUAAGAGACAAAAUGAGUGGAGGGACGCCUUAUAUCGGCAGCAAAAUUAGCCUCAUUUCGAAGGCCGAAAUCCGAUAUGAAGGGAUAUUAUACACUAUUGACACCGAAAACUCAACUGUUGCACUGGCAAAAGUCCGCUCGUUUGGCACUGAGGACCGUCCUACGGACCGGCCAAUUCCACCCAGAGAUGAAGUCUUUGAGUACAUUAUUUUUAGAGGGAGUGACAUCAAAGACUUAACUGUCUGUGAACCUCCCAAACCCACUUGUUCUUUGCCCCAGGACCCUGCUAUUGUUCAGUCUUCUCUUGGAUCUGCCCCUCCUACAGCAGCGUCAUUCCAGUCUGUAGGUCCGUAUGCACCCUUCAGCAGGGCACCUGUUCCCCCAUACAACCAAUUCAGCUCCAGCUCUCUGGUAACCCAGCCUUUUGGAGGAGUCAGCGGAGGAAGCUCAGGGCCCUCCUUUGGUAGUGAUCCAUCUGUACCUCUAUCCCAGAACAGUGCAAUUAGGACUGCUUUCCCCUCUGACACUGUCUCACUGAAUUCACACGUAACCGAAGGUCGGUCUAGUCCCCAGUUGGACCCUCUGAGGAAAAGCCCUACCCUGGAACAGGCGGUGCAGACGACACCUUUGGCUGCACCAGCUGCUCCAGUUUCGGUGGGCUCCAGAAGCCCUGGGUCGGCCAAAGCCAAUCAAAAGCCUGCUGACAGAGUGGAGCAAAGAAGAGCAGCUCCUGACGCACAGAAGAGCACUCAAGCUGACGCAGAUCAAGCAAAGAACGAAAGCCGGGAUGCCAAUAAACGCCCAGCCGUGGGUGCUCCCGUUAUACGGAGGGGCCGUGGAGGUGGACACCGCGGGCGUGGCCGCUUCACUGUGCGCAGGGACGGGCCCAUGAAGUUUGAGAAAGACUUUGACUUCGAAAGCGCAAACGCUCAGUUCAACAAGGAGGAGAUUGACCGAGAGUUUCAGAGCAAACUCAAACUGAAAGAUGAGAAGGCUGAGAAACCAGAAAAGACCCUGAACGGAGAGGACAAAGGAGACUCGGGGGUGGAAACGCAGAAUAGUGAAGGCAAUGCUGAUGAAGAGGAUCCACUGGGACCCAACUGCUACUAUGACAAAUCCAAGUCUUUCUUUGAUAACAUUUCCUGUGAGGACAGCAGGAAAGCUUCAGACAGGUCUGGAGGUUCGUUUGGCAGGGAGCGCAGACAGACUUGGGCAGAGGAGAGACGGAUGAAUGCGGAGACCUUUGGCAUCCCUCUGAGGCAUAACCGCGGACGCGGGGGCUUCCGGGGCAGGGGCGGCAUGGGAUUCCGCGGGGGCCGUGGACGCGGAGCCAGUAGAGGGUCUUUCGGGCCCCCCCGCGGCCCCGGCGCCGGGACUGGCUUCAGAGGAGGAUUCCGAGGAGGUCGGGGGGGCAGAGAAUUUUCCGAAUUCGAAUACAGGAACGACAAUAAAGUGGCUGCAUAAUGGAACUGGAGAACAUUGAAUCAAAGCUCUCGAUGGUCCAGAAAUAAGAUUCGCUUUCAACUCCUGACACACAAAAAAAGAAGACAGUACUUUGUCUCUCUCUCUGACACCAGCACCGGGGACAGACUGAUCCACUUCAACAGGCGAAUGCAGCUUCUUG